CGUUUCCCGGGAGAGAAGCGGCGCAAGGACCUGGAGUCCCAGUGUCCCCCGCGCGUGGAGCCUCCGGGGGCUUCCGUCGAGGGAGCUGAGAGGAGAUGAGACGAACACAGAGAAGCUGACAAGUCGCUAGGGCCAACCGGCCGGGUCGAGGCCGGAGCUGCUCCAAGUGAUUUGUCAGACAAACAGAGAUGUGAGCCCUAGAAUUAAGGCCUGUGCUGGAGCAAGACUAAUUCCCAAACAAACAAUGGCUGCUGUUCUUGCCCCAUCCCAUCAGGAGGAAUUUCUGUUAGUAAAACUGGAGGAUGACUCCUGCUUGGGCCAGGACCCUAAUCUCUGGGGCUAUGACCCUGACUCAGAGGCUUCCCGCCAGCACUUCCGACAGUUCCAGUAUGGAGAGUCCACACAGCCUCAUGAAGUGCUCUUCCAACUCCGAGAACUCUGCCAUUUGUGGCUGAAGCCCGAGAAACGGACAAAGGAGCAGAUUCUGGAGCUCCUAGUCCUGGAGCAGUUCCUGAGCAUCUUGCCACAGGAGCUGCAGGCCUGGGUGUGGGAUCAUCAUCCCAAGAAUGCAGAGGAGGUGGUGACCGUGGUGGAGGCUUGGCAGAAAGAGCCCAAAAGACCAGAGAAGCAGGGACAAGAAGUGCUUUCUGAAUUGCCAGCAACCUUGAGUACAGCACAGGAGUCACAGAGCUUCCAGUUAGAUUCAGCAGAGAUCAAGCCAGAGAGAGCCUCCCAGGAGAAGGGAAUACAGAGCCCCUACUGGGAACCGCUGGAGCAGCUGAGCCCUAUGGAGGAGGCUAAGCCCCUGCAGAAGAGUGAUAGCCUAGCUCCUCAGGUUUCUGCCCUUCCUACGAUAAGGCACAUUGGUGACUACAAGAUGGUAGCUGAGUCCCAGGAAGCCCCAGGCCAUGGAAACCCUGCUCAGGACUUCUGCAAGGACAUCAAGGGAGAAGAUUGUGGGAAUGAGCUCUUGCUAGCAGAGUUUCCAGUUCCCAAGUCCAACAUCACUUUGCCAAUAGAGCUAGGAAGGGGCCCAGGGGAACCAAAUCACCAGGGCUCUGAGGAAACAGAGAAUCCGAGAGACGCCCACACAGGUGAAGAACAAGUACAGUCUGGCCAGCGUUUGCCAGGAAAGAACCAAGUAUACCAAGCAGUAGCUGAACGGCUUCGGGAGCAGGGUUUCCUGCGGACACUGGAUCAAUGCCGCUAUAGGUUCAAAAACCUCCAGACGAGUUACCGCAAAGCGAAGAAUAGCAGAACCCCCGAAUCCUGCGCCUUCUAUGGAGAGAUGGCCACCCUACUAAACGCCCGCACUUCCACUUCCUGCCCUGACACCUUGGGGACAACUUGGGGUCCUUCUCAAAAAAGGGACGACAAUGCUGAAACUAAGGAACCAGAAAACAGGGAGCAUGAGGAGGGCACAGAGAGUUGUGAUGGUGAUGAAAUGAUCAACAAAGAACUGACCCAUAAGGGCAAGAUACCAGGCACCCGAGGCCCAUCCUCUAGCUGCUGGGAUCCCAAAUCCAAACUGACCCAUCAAGAGAAGUCAGGGAAAGACUCAUGGAACUCAGAUCUACAUAGACCAGAGGAAAGAGAAAGCAGCAAAGACUCACACCCCAGUGAGGAUCAAGGGAAACCUUAUCAGGCUCCAACAAAGAAAGAAGUGAAAGGCAGGAGGGACCAAGCCUUGGGCAGUGCUGAGGAUGAGAAAUAUGCAGGCGUUCACUGGGGCUAUGAGGAAACCAAGAUUUUCCUGGCAAUUCUCAGUGAGGCUUCAUUUUCUGAAAGGCUCCGAACCUGUCACAGAAACAGCCAAGUCUACCAUGCCGUCUCCAAGCGACUUCAGGAACACGGCUUCCUCCGGACACUGGAGCAGUGUCGGUACAGAUUCAAAAACCUCCAGACUAGCUACCGGAAAGCAAAAACCAGCCACUCCCCAGGGACCUGUCCCUUCUAUGAGGAAAUAGCAGCUGUGAUACAUGCCCGGGCUACCACCAUUAAACCAACUUAUGCUGUGAAGGAGUUCAUCUGUCCACGAGGGAGGAUGGGUAGAGACUCUGACUCCCAGAGACAGGAGACAGAAGACUGGGAACGAGGGAACACUAGAAAGGGGGCCAUAGCCAAAGACAGUGAAAGGAAGGAAAUGGGCCUCAAGAUGUUCACCCAGGAGUCCAAAGGUCCCAGGGCCACAGCCCUUUUCCAGAGUCGAACAGGUGUGCAUUGGGGCUAUGAGGAAACCAAGGCUUUUCUGGCAAUCCUCAGUGAAUCUCAGUUUUAUGAAAAGCUGCGGACUCGCCACCCCAACCGGCAGGUGUACCGGGCCAUCGCCGAGCGCCUUCGAGAGAGGGGCUUUCUGCGGACACUGGAGCAGUGCCGGACAAAGUUCAAUAGCCUCCAGACAAGCUACAGGAAAGCAGGGAGCAGCCGUGCCCCUGAGACCUGUGCUUUCUAUGAUGAGAUGGAUGCCCUGGUAAAUGCCCGCACAGCUGUAGCAGCCACCAGCAUCCUAAAGGAGGUCGUGCACCACCCCAGGCAGGUAGGCAACCAUGCUGACCCUGAAGAGCAGGAACAAGACAGUUGGCACAAUGAAGAAGCACUGGAAGAUUGUGGCAGUGAUGAAGCGGCAGUCAGAAAAGCCAAGAGUCCUAGGGUCCCUGCUCUGUUCCAAGUCUCAGCCGAGUUGAGGAUCCAGAGUGAGGAUAAGGAAGAGACUCAAAAACAGGGCACUUCUGGGAAAAGACAAUCUUGGGAAUCAGAAGGGGAUGUAACUCAUCUUAACUGGCAGAAAAACUGUGAAAAUGAGUACAAACCAGAAGGACCAUGGGAAGGAGACCUAGGAAAAAGACAAGGAAAACUGACUUCCAAAGAGGAUUUGCAAAAUCCCACAGCUCGAAAAGGAUCCUCAGGAAGAAAGCCAUACAAAUGCCUUGAAUGUGAGAAGAGUUUCAGUUGGCAGUCACACCUGGUCUUGCACCAGAGGAUACAUACAGGAGAAAGACCCUAUAAGUGUCUUGAAUGUGGAAAAAGUUUCAGUUGGCGGUCACACCUCAACACCCACCUGAGAAUCCACACAGGAGAGAAACCCUAUAAGUGUCUAGGAUGUGGAAAGAACUUCAGUGAUAGAGCAGGCCUCGCCGCACAUCGGAGAAUCCACACGGGAGAGAAGCCCUAUCAGUGCGAAGUGUGUGGCAAGAGCUUCAGACUCAGCCCCAGUCUGGUUGUGCACCAGAGGACCCACACAGGAGAGAAGCCCUACAAGUGCAGUGAAUGUGGAAAAGGCUUCAACAACAGCUCACAUUUCAGUGCCCAUUGGCGGACCCACACAGGUGAGAAGCCUCAUGAGUGCCUCGAGUGUGGGAAGAGCUUCAGUAAGGGCUCUGCCCUCCAAAGACACCAGAGAGUCCAUAUGAGGGAAAAGCUUCCAUUGCAGCCCAGACGCGACACUGCUUCAGGAAGCCUGCGUGGGAAGAGUUCUGUACAUAGACUGGCUGUGGGGAGACCUUCCAGCAGACGUGACAACUUCUGAUCUGCCCUGGUUCUGUUCAGGAGCAGGAGUGAGCUCUGAUAGAGGGGGAAGAGCACUGUGUUGGAAGUCAGGAGACCCAGUUCUGCCAAAACUAAUUAUGAGACCUUAGGCCAAUCAUUUCUUCUCUCAGGGCCUGUCAGUCUAUAAAUGUGAGAGUCAGCUGACAUGCUGUACAAUGUCCUUUUACUCCCAACAUUCAGUGAUUCUAGCUCUCAGUAUUUCCACUUUGGUAGAGUCUUUUGUGUGUCUGAAGCUAGACUCACCAGAUGGGAGUCUAAAACUGAGAACACCUAAGUCCCCUUCCCAGCUGUGCCUUUGUGUCACUGCAUGCAGUUCACCCUUCCCAUGUGCCUCAGUUUUACUGCUGAUAAAAUGGGGGAGAGUAAUUCUCAUCUUCCCAAACAUGGCUUGUUUUUUGUUUUAUUUUUCCACCCAGAAAGGGAGCCUCAUGCAUUGAACACCUCCCAUUCUGGAAGUCUUUCCUGUUACUUCGGGUUGUAUCAGUGCCUCCUUCCCAGAAAAGUAUUUCAAUACCACUGGGGUGGAACCAUUAAACUUUGGGAUUCAAAGUAUCUAGUUUCAGGGGGAAGUCAGGAAAGAAUGAGAAAGAAUGAUUUGGAAAUUCUGAGUAAUUUUCAUUCAAUAUGAACUAGUACUUGUAAAAUGUUAUGGAAAAACAGGUUAAAAAUAUACUCAGGUGGUACCUUUCUCUCUCUCUCUCUCUCUCUCUCUCUCUCUCUCUCUCUCUUUUUAAGUGAGGCAAUUGGGGUUAAGUGACUUGCCCAGGGUCACACAGCUAGUAAGUGUUAAGUGUCU